GAGACACUGACAGGCGGAGCAUGCUACCGACAGUACCGACCUUGUCCGACCUUGUUUCGAAGAAGUGAUGAAGAAGAAGAGAGAAUAACCGCAUAGAAGACAUGAUCUAAUGUAGAAGAGAUGAUCCUAGGUGGCCGAUGAAGCCAUCAGCUACUGUGCAGAGCGCAGGCCAGUGCAGACUUGUUGGCACUUGUAGCGUGAUGACUCAUUCAAGAGGAUACAAAUUACAAACGACAGUGAACAGUGAGUGAAUCGAAGUAGCGUUUCACGAGUGAAAUAUUAUUAAUCCUUGCAGUGAAUCGUGUAAAGUGGAUUUCCCAACUCGGAUCUUCAGUUGACGUUGACGUUUUGCUCGCAGUUUCGCGCUGGAAUAAUAAUUUUUCGUACGACCGAUCGUAACGAUUUAAAUUCAAUUUUUUGUUUAAUUUAAAGAAAACAGCUGAAUUGCAGAAUGUUACCAGCAUUUUUUAGUCCUCGUCCAAAAUCAAUUUCGAAUGCAAUCGAAGAUAAUCAAAUUGAAUCAAAGGCAGUGCAGGAUUCACAAGAGGAUAAUCGUUUUCGAACAUAUAACGUGAAGGACUUGAAAAUGGCCAAAGCUUAUUUGCCUCCAGAAGUGAUUCGGGAAUUCAAAGAAGGUUUUGAAGCUUCAGCAAAAUCACCUUCGACCUCGAAAUCACGCAAUUUUGUGAGGAAACUCGUGGCCAAUUUGGAGCAUAAAAAAGAUCACCGAAGUGGCCAUUGUACUGCAGAUGCUGAAUUUUUGACGAAAUGUUACAUAAGGACUCCGGCAAAAAGUGCUUUAGUUUUUAAAGACACAGAAGAGAAAGCAGACUUUUUUGACGACCACUAUGCUACAAAUAUAAAAAAUUUGAGUCAAUCAAUCGGAGAUGAUGAGGAAAAAAAGAAAAAAAUUGAUGCUUUUGAUGGAGUGGUAGGAAACGAAUUAAAAUCCGAUGAAUUUAUGAAAAUCUGUUCAAUCAGAAAUUUCCAUGAUUCCAACCAAAAUGACAUUUUUCAAGAGAAAGUGGACUAUUUUGGUCCCACUAAAGAUCUUCCAGGUAUAAAAGAAGAUACCUACUUUGAUGAAAAAAAAUUCGAUUUUAAUCAGAACUCAAAUCUGUCAAAUGAUGCUACUGAUUUUUAUUUUCAACCUGAGAAGCCCAUCAAUCCUCCUGAUGUAGUUUAUUUGGAGCCAAAAAAUAAAAAGAACAGCUUGAGGCGCUCAGGAUCAUUGGAUGAAAAAAGGUCUUUUAAAAGUGUUUUGACUUCGUUAAUGGGAUUCAGACGUCGAAAGUCAGUUCUUCCCAAAGGAAAGCGAAAUAUUUUGGGCCCAAAGGAUAGCCUAGGGGAAGAAAUGCGACUUUUUAGAAGGGAUAUGAUGCCUGUUUUACUCAGAGCAGCAGGACCUUACAAUAAUGACUCUGAAGAUAAAUCAAAAGAUGAGACGUUUUCGUCGAUUAUUGCUGCCUCUAGGCCGAAAACCCGAUCCUCUGGCCGAAUUGCAUCCAUUCAUCCAUUUUAUGGGGGAAAGAAAAGCGCGCAGACUUUUCUACACACACUCGAAGAAGAAAAUCUAGAGCCUAAGAGUGGAUCUUCAGAAAAUCAUUCUCAACCGCAGGACUUGCAAAAGACGGUUCUUCCUGAGAAAACUCCUUCCUUAUAUCAAAGGCCACCUCCUGUUGUUUAUGACGUUCCAAAAUCUAACAAAAUCAUCCGUCCAGGCUUAGAAUUGAAAAAGGAUCGCGAAAAUCUCCUCAAUUACGAGAAUGGGGGAAUAAUGUCCGAAAGUGAUUGGAAUAGAAAAAACAAUGUUAUUCCGAGGAAAAAUAUCGUUUGUGGUCAGAGAGCGCUUUAUAUAAGAAAUCAAAGGCAGGAAUUGGAAACUCGACUGUAAGUUUGAUUUUCGAAAGUGAGCAAACUCAAUUAUAAAUUAUAAUUGUACCAAAAAUGUGGAUCAAUUUCUAUUUUGUAUAAAAAUGUUCUCUUGUGAUAAUCUUUUUAAAUAUUUCUGUAAUCAGAGUGGUUUCUUAAAACUUAAUAUAUCAAUUA